GUGGAGUACGGUAUCAGUCAAGUGUAAACGACUUGUAAUAGCAACAUCUUCAAAAAAAGAUUCAAUUAAAUAAAAUUUAAAAAUCUUCAAUUCAAAAUGAAAUUCUCAAUUGUCUUGUUGUUCUGUGUGAUUGCUGUUGCCGUGGCUGCUCCCCAACAGGCCGAUGAACAUGAUGCCCAAAUUUUGAGACAGGAAGUCGACAACAACGGCGUGGAUAAAUAUAAUUUUGCCUACGACACCAGCAAUGGCAUUUCACGCCAGGAAGCCGGCGAAUUGAAAACCACCGAAGAUGGUUCGGCCAUUGUCAUGCAUGGCUCAACCAGCUGGACAGCUCCUGAUGGCAAAAAAUACGAAAUUUCUUUUGUGGCCGAUGAAUUUGGUUAUCAUCCAACCUUCAAACAAGUUGCCUAAGCAAGAUGUUGUUAGAAGAGUUCAGAGAAUUUUUACUAGCAGUUUUUUGUUUAAAUGUUAUUGUUAUAGCCGAAUAUUGAGAAUAAUUCUUGUUUUUCAUUUUUAAAUAAAUUUUUUGCAAAUA